AUGGCUACGACAAGUGCUGUCCCCGAGGCUCUGGAGAACCUGCACAUCUCCAAGACCAAGGAGCUCAAAGGUACCGAGAAGCGCGAUACUCUAAUCGCCAUCGAGAAGAAGUACCAAGCGAAAUGGCAAGAAGAAGGCAUCUUCCAGGCCAAUGCGCCAACGACAACUGAAGUGCCCCUGCACUCGAUUUCUGCCGCCGAGCUUCGCGAAAAAGAGCCCAAGUGGUUUGGAACCAUGGCCUACCCAUACAUGAAUGGCACUCUGCACGCAGGUCACUCGUUCUCCGUCAGCAAAGUCGAGUUUGGCGCUGGUGUUGCUGCCAUGCAGGGCAAGCGCGCUCUGUUCCCCAUGGGUUUCCACUGCACCGGCAUGCCCAUCAAGGCAUGCGCAGAUAAGCUAGUGAACGAGGUCAAGAUGUUCGGCAAGGACUUUUCGGGCUACAAGGCACCCACCGAGGCUGUUAUCGAAGAGAAUAAGCCGGAGCAGGCGAAGAGAGAGGAUGUCACCAAGUUCACAGCGAAGAAAGGCAAGGCCGCGGCCAAGCAGGUGAAGAUGCAGUACCAGUUCCAGAUCAUGCAGGCGGUCGGUGUACCGACAGAAGAUAUUCAUCUCUUCGCUGACCCUCAGCACUGGCUGAAGCACUUCCCACCCCUGACGAUACGCGACCUCACCAACUUUGGAUGCCGAGUGGAUUGGAGACGAUCUUUCGUGACGACCGACGCGAACCCCUACUACGAUGCGUUUGUCCGAUGGCAAAUGAACCGUCUGAAGGAACUCGAAAAGAUCAAGUUCGGAAAGCGAUACACCAUCUACUCGAUCAAGGAUGGCCAGCCGUGCAUGGACCACGACCGCGCAGAAGGUGAAGGCGUUGGUCCUCAAGAGUACACAGCCCUGAAGCUCAAAGUCAAGACAUGGGCAGACAAAGCUGGGGAGAUCAUCAACGGCCUCAAGCUCGAGGGCGCCAACUUCUACCUGGUUCCCGCCACGCUACGCCCGGAAACGAUGUACGGCCAGACCUGCUGCUUCGUCGGUCCCAAGAUCAACUACGGAGUUUUCAAAGUUAACGACAACGAUUACUUUGUGAUCACCAACCGGGCUGCCCGCAACAUGGCGUACCAAGGCGUGUUCGCCAAGGAGGGAAACAUUGAACAAGUUGCUGAAAUUCAGGGUGCCGAUCUCGUAGGCACCUUGGUGAAUGCCCCUCUCUCGAUCCACAAGGAGGGUGUUCGAGUCCUCCCCAUGGAGACUGUACUGCCCACAAAGGGUACUGGUGUCGUUACUUCGGUGCCCUCAGACAGCCCUGAUGACUACGCUACCAUCAUGGACCUUGCGAAGAAGGCUGAAUACUAUGGUAUUCAGAAGGAGUGGGCGGAGCUCGAGAUUCCUGCUAUCAUCAACACUCCCUCAUACGGCGACAAGUGCGCCGAAUUUCUUGUCAAGAAGCUCAAGAUCUCGUCGCCCAAAGACACCAAGCAGCUAGAAGAGGCCAAGGAGCUCGCCUACAAGGAGGGCUUUUACCAGGGAACCAUGGUCAUUGGUGAAUUCAAGGGUGAAAAGGUUGAGACCGCCAAGCCCAAGGUCAGGAAGCAGCUCAUCGAGGCUGAAGAGGCAUUUGUAUACUCUGAGCCUGAACGCAAGGUUGUCUCCCGUUCCGCAGACGAGUGCAUCGUGUCUCUCAUGGACCAGUGGUACCUUGACUACGGCGAGGAGUCAUGGAAGCAGACUGCCCUCAAGUGGGUUGAGAAUAAGGAUGGCAAGGGCAUGGACACCUACUACGUCGAGACCAAGAACAUGUUCGAGGGGUCCUUGAACUGGCUCAACCAGUGGGCGUGUGCUCGCUCCUUUGGCCUUGGGUCCAAGUUGCCCUGGGAUCCGCAGUUCCUCGUGGAGAGUCUGAGUGACUCGACCAUCUACAUGGCCUACUACACGAUCGCUCACUACCUUCACAAGGACAUCUUCGGCCGUGAGAAGGGUCUUGGUAACGUUGGCCCCGAACAGAUGACCGACGAAGUCUGGGAUUACGUGUUCUGCCGCAAGGAUCUCGACGACAAGAUUCUCAGCGAGUCCAAGAUCCCCAAGGAGACUCUGGAGAGCAUGCGCCGCGAGUUCGAGUACUUCUACCCCCUCGACCUGCGAACAUCGGGCAAGGAUCUCAUCCCUAACCACUUGACCUUCUUCCUCUACGUGCACCUGGCCAUAUUCCCGCCCGAGUACUGGCCCAGGAGUGUUCGCACCAACGGUCAUCUCAUGCUCAACGGCGAAAAGAUGAGCAAGAGUACCGGUAACUUCAUGACGCUGCACGAGAUGACUGCCAAGUAUGGUGCUGAUGCUUCGCGUAUCGCCCUGGCCGACGCCGGCGACGGCUCGAAUGACGCCAACUUUGAGGAGGAUGUUGCCGAUAACAACAUUCUGCGUCUGUUCAACCUCCGCGAGUGGUGCGAGGAGCAGGUUAGGGACCAGGACCAGCGUCGCUCCGGAGAGCUCAACAGCUUCCAAGAUGCCCUCUUCCAGAACGACAUGAAUGCCAUUGGCCGCGAAGCCGUUGAGCAAUACACUGCCACCAACUACAAGCUUGCCCUCAAGGCUGCUCUGUACGAGCUCAUCAGCGCUCGUGACUUUUACCGCGAGGCUUGCGCAGCCGGUGGCAUUGAGAUGCACAAGGAUCUCGUCCUGCGUUACGUUGAGCUGCAGACCCUAUUGUUGGCUGUCGUUGCUCCUCACUGGGCCGAAUACAUGUGGCUAGAGGUCCUCAAGAAGCCAGAGACUAUUCACCGGGCUCGCUUCCCGGUGCUCCCCGACGUUGACGCGACGCUAUCGACCAAGCGCGAUUACGUUCGUAACACCGCCUCCAGCGUCACCUCCGCCGAAGGGCAGCAGUUGAAGAAGAAGGCCAAGGGCAAGGAGACCUCGUUCGAUCCCCGCAAGCCCAGGAAGCUUACCGUUUUCAUGACCACCACCUGGCCGUCGUGGCAGGCCAAGUACAUUGACCUGCUCAAGGAGAUGUGGGAUCCCGCCACGCAGUCGAUCAACGACAAGGAGCUGGGUGCCAAGAUUGGUAAGAUGGGCGAGAUGAAGAAGGCCAUGCCCUACGUGCAGGGCCUCAAGAAGAGGCUGCAGAGCGGUGAACCAGCGGACGUUGUCCUGGCACAGAAGCUAGGGUUCGACGAGAAGGAGACACUGCUGCAGAUGGUGCCUGGCCUGGAGAGGACCUCGGGUCUGACAGCUUGCGAUAUUCUGGAAGUCGGCGAGAGUGGGAAGAAGGGAGUCAACGCGGCCACUGGCCAGGAGGUGGAAGUCACGGUGCCCUUGGCGGAGAAUGCGCGCCCCGGCCACCCAACGUUCUUCUUUGAGAAUGUCCAGGCAUAG